CAAGCGCAGCCACUUCCGAAACUUACCCGACAACGAUCUCCGAACCAAGUGACACAACGCUCAGCAGCUGACUGUCGCGACAUCGACGGACUUCAUAGAUGCGAACACUUCCGCGGUCUCUUUGGUAUCUUAUACAUGCAAUACUCGCUAUUAAUGCACAAGAGUCACUUACUCUCAAUACCUUAUAUUCCUUUUCCGGAGCAUCUCUGUCUAGUGAUCCCACAUUUUCUCUUCCACAAGCUCAGCAGCUGACGUUUUUGGUGAAUAACAACACAGCGUCUACCAGUACCACCGAUGUUUUUGAAAUUCCAUUGCAGAGCGGAUUCGGGAACUGGACUGGCACUGCACAACAAGGUGGAUCAUUAGUAGUACAAAAUGUCGGUCAGACCUCAUUCCAAGUUGCCGCAUCGACAGGAGCUCUUGUGCAUGAACUAAUUCCUGCACUCCCGUUCCUCGGAGAUACUACCAAUACUCAGGCUCUGAUAUUUUCGCCUCCAAUAUCACCCAUCGAAUCCUCACCGUCCAUGUAUCCCAACUACACUCUUCCUCCUGCCAAUCUUUCAAUUCCUUCACCGCCGUCAUCGCCCCCCGCAUUCUCUCUCGUCAUUGCGCCCACUUCCUCUGGUCUUGCUUCUGGCAUGCAGACAGCAUGUAGCAUCAACUCUACUUCCUCCUCAGGCUUGGUAGUAAGCAACGAUCUCUGGCUGCGCAAUAAUUACGGCACGAACUACACUGCAUAUGUUAUCCAGGACCAGGUAAAAUUGAGCGGACCAAUAUAUUUCACUACCAAAUCUCCAUCAUUCCCCUGCCCCCUCGUGCACUCCCUUCCAUUUUGUCCAUCUACAUCAUACGCUGUUCCUCUUCCCUUCCCUCAAUCCCCUGCAUCAUCCUACGACUCUUCAAAUCUCCCACAGAGCGUAUCAGAUCCCCUUCUUCAGUAUAUGACUAACUUUACGACCAUGCUUCUCACAUUUGCAUGCGGGCGCGACCUAUACUCUCCCUUGCAGACCUGUGAAAGCUGCCAGGAAGCAUACCGCACUUGGUUAUGCUCCGUGUCCUUCCCGCGAUGCGCCGAGCCCCCAUCAAGUUCUUCGCCAUCAUCCCCGACGCCGGCAUUGACUCUGCCUCAGAACGGCGGCUCGAACGCACGGAACCAUUUCCUGCCCAAUGUUACAUUUUCAUACCAGACGGUCUUGCCCUGUCUGGAAGUUUGCAGUGCUGCUGAUCGCUCAUGUCCAACUUUCUUGGGGAUGAAGUGUCCGACUCCACGGUUUAAUGCGGCGUCGAGCUACGGUGUCGGAUUUAUCGAUGACGUGGAACAGGAUCGGUGGGGAAACGUGUGGUGUAACCCUAGUUGAACUGUGGUAUCACAAACAGAGACAAAGGCGCCGAGUAAAUCUGUGAACUACAGUAUGCGAAAAUAUAUAGAGCUAAAAGCAAAUCAUUAAUGCUGUGUAAAAUGUUGCUGAGAGAAUGUAUGAGGAUGUGCCAGUGGGUAUUGAUAUAUAGAUGGACUGCGAAGUCCGUGACUCGCCGGAUGUGGGGGUUGAGCGAAAAAAUAUGGUGAAUGCAGUGUGAGACGAUGGAUGUUUGAAAUGUGGUAGUAGCGCAUGCCCAGGCUGGGAGGAACUGGAAGUUGCAGGAAGUUCUGGUGGCAAAUUCUAUGAGCUGAAGCUGCUGACGCUGUGGCGGCAC